AAAACACUAAAACACUAAAACACUAAACAGGACGACCCAGCAGUCCUGGAGCUAAAGUUACAGUACAGACGGAUACAGACAUAACUUAGAAACCUCAACGCUUUUACGAGAUAUGACAACGAAUAUUGGCUGAUUGUGCCUGCUCAAUCGCUGCUAGUUAUUUGUUUUGCGCCUUUGUCAAAUUUAUAUUGAGAAUCACUUUUUGAUUGUCUACAUUGACCGCCCUUUUCUGACAGGCCGUUACCUCGAACCCGCCCGCUCGUUACGGUCCAAAGUCGUCCAACUUGUCACGGUACAACACGAACCCAAGAACCCAAGAACCCACCACUGCCCGACAAGACACUCGCCUCUCUCAUGAACGGCGCUGCGGACCUGACCCAGACGGUGGGCAUUUGGUUGGGCCUUCCACCAUGCUGAGCAGCUCAGCGACGCCGACUCAGAAGUCGUUGGCCUCCCAACCGACACACGCAGCUAAUUCCCCAAUAGCUGCCUCGCGACCGAGCCUCGAUCGAGAUGGCGGCCUUCAACCACCCGGCGCCGCAACCAACGGUGCCCGAUCCGUUGCUCCUUCUGCCGCCGCCUCUUUUGCCCCAAGAGGUUCUUCCCUGAACCCUUCACAACCCCCGGGGAGUUUCAGCUCCGAUCUGCGCAGUCAAAAUAUCCAAUCGAGAGCCGGUUCCAGAGCAGAUGUUUAUGUACGCGAUAAACUGGACGAGGAUGACGAAUCAGCGGCCGAGAAUACAAUUAAUGCGCUCAAGGACUCCCUUAGCCGUGAGAUGAAGAUCAAGGAGGGAAGCGAGAACAUGCUGGAGGCUCUGAACGCUAAGAAGGCGAAACAGACCAAAGAGCAGCGUCAGAGGGUAGAAGCCGAGCUAACGGCUUCAAACACGAGGAUAAAGGAAUUGAGGCAGAGAAUCAGCGAUGCGCAACGAUCUAAGGCGGUGCCUAGCACGCCCACCAGAAUUCGAAACGAGGGUUUACUUAACAAUGCUGUGCGAUCACCGCCGAGCGCAUCCAGGAGUGGCGCCGGAUCGGAGAUCGAAGAACCAACCGAAUCCCCCACCUUUGCGCUAGCGGAGAUAUUGCAAGCCCUGGAAGUCGAGGGCAUGACUGCAGAAUAUUACGUCGAACGCGCUAACAACUUCGUGGACCUGUUUAAGAGAUACCCUACCUUGAAGUAUGAUUUGGUGUGGUCCGUGUUUGGAGAUCGGAUGCAGGUCAUGUUGCUCAGCAACAGCAGGGAAGUUGUCGCGGCAGGCUAUCGCAUGUUGCGAUAUUCAAUUUCCGACGUGGCGUCCCUCAAGAAAAUCCGCGGUCUAAAUACCGAUUUUAUGGUGGUAGUGUCUCUCGCCAAGGAUCGCAAGGCUGAUGUUGAACGCGAGCAGGCUCUCAAGUUCGUUCGUGCCUUUUUGGACGUGAAGGAUGGUGUUCGCGAAGUGUCUAGAGCGGUGGUCAGGACUAUCGCGGCAGUUGCCGAGCAGGUGGAAGAUCGGUUACGGCCGAUUUGCAUCGAAACCCUCGCUGAGAUUCUCUUACGAGAUCCCGCCUUACUGGUAGCGUCCGGUGGCUUAGUGCCGCUUUCAGAAUCCCUUGCUGAAGGCAGUUACAAGUCUCCCGAAUCACUCUCCUCGGUUUUCCUUUACCUGAUGGAUUCGCCGCAUACGCGCAAAUACCUACGAGCCGGAUAUGAACUGGAAGUAUUGUUUACGGCUUUUACCGACUCAUUAUUCUCUUACGAAGGGGUUGUGAAGCAAAAUUCGAAGGCAAUCUCGUCUGCUCUGAAAAGUUGGCCCGGACUCAUGACUCUAUCCAUGUACAACUUUAGGGCGAUCGGUUCCUUGAUAUCGAGCCUGAUGUUACCCAGUCCGACACUUCGGGAUCUUAUAAUAGAGUUGCUCUAUUCCCUACUUCGAAUAAAACCACCUGCAUGGGCCACGUCAUACCUUGCCGGACGGCGAUUAACGACAUAUGGAAGGGUAACAACAUUAAAGAGCUCUAGUUCUCAUAAAGAAGGGCCUGUUUAUGAGGAUGACGGCACAGAUCAGAAUUUCGUGGAGCAUUAUACGGCACUGCUUUUAGCUAUAUUCAUCAAGGCUGGGAUGAUGCCUAAUCUGCUUCUAGUCGCUCAGGAUACCGACGAUCCUACGCUGAAGAGAAAAACUACCUUACUGAUCGGCGAGACUCUCAAACUCGCUAGUAGAAUCCUCCCUUCUUCUUGGAGCAGUGAGCUCCAGUUACUUCCAGAGCUGUUCGCAGCUGCUUCUCAAUUCCAAGACGAGGCGCAUUUCAACGCUACCGGGAUUAUCUAUCAAAUCAGCAGUGUCAGUCGGACGCUUUACCGAUCAUCUCCGUCGGGUUACCAUGCUGGCUACCUUCCCUCAAGCAGUAUGCUUGAAAAUAUGAGCCACGUGGAAGAGACGCCCAAACCUAACCUUGUAGUCAAUGCUGAUGAUGCUACAUUCCGUCAAUUGCUGAUAGAUUCAGGAGUUCUUGGCCAUUCAAAUCCUUCCAAGUGGAAUUGGGAUGUUGUUCAGAGGAUAAUCGAAGGUCCGUUGUUGAACGGUAAGCGCGUAGAAGAGGCUAUCAAGGCAUCAAAAUUCGCGAAAAGGCUGGUUGGCUUCUAUCGACCUUUCAAGUUCAAAUUCUCGGAGAUCAAAAGUACACGGAAUACUCAGAAAUAUGUCCGGGUUGGCUGCGCUUUAAUCCAUACGCUGUUGCAGACGGCAGAAGGGACGAAGUAUCUCUCGGAUAACAAGCUACUGAGACAGAUCGCGGAGUGCCUGGCUCAGUGCGAUCCGACAAGCGGUUUAACCGCGCAAUAUCCAAUGUUCUCGAGAGACCGUCUCACCGAUACGUUGUGUGGCGGCUACUUUCCUAUGAUUGGUGCCCUUAGCAGCGAUCCUAGGGGGCUCCAAAUGCUCGAGAGAUGGCGGAUAUUUAACAUGAUGUAUCACAUUGUCGAUUUCAAGCAAAGACCGGACCUCAUCAAAUUGCUCCUCGCCACUCUCGACUACAGCCUCCAGGGCCAUCCACGUGUACUUCUGUCAAAAGCUCUGACGGCUGGCACAAAAGACAUGCGAAUUCAUGCCACGAACGUGCUUAGAAAGUAUGCGACGAGGCACCGAGUUACAUCAGCGGGUCAGAUAGUAUCGGACUCAAAGUGGGCAAUUCAGUUACUCGUCACACAGUUAUACGAUCCAGACGUUGAGGUUUGCGCCACAUCUGUUAAGAUUUUGGAGAAGGCUUGCAACAGCAAAGCUUUGUUGGAAUACAUUGUGGAGUGUCGUCCGGCAUUGGACCAUCUUGGAGAGAUAGGUGCCCCUCUAUUGCUCCGGUUUCUGUCGACCUCCAUCGGCUACCACUAUUUGGAUGGCUUGGACUAUAUCAGCAACGAGAUGGACGACUGGUUUCUUGGACGUAAUGAUACUUAUGUUGGACUCAUCGAAGCAAGUCUAGCUCGUUCCUUCACUGACCCCCAAGAAGACCAACCACAUCGCCUCAGCAUUUACGAGGACGAUUUGGACACAGACCAAGAUAACCACGUGCCGCCGCAUUUCUACCGUGAGUUGUCGCGUACAAAAGAAGGUUGCAAAUUGCUUGAGGAUAAGGGCCACUUCGAAGAGUUCGCGAUGACUAUCAGGGAAUACGGAAUGCAGUCAGAAGAUCCCGAACUUAUAACGAAAGUCAAAGGGUGUCUGUGGGCAGUAGGAAACGUUGGUUCUAUGGAACUUGGAGCGCCAUUCCUUGAAUCAACCGAUGUUGUGGAACAUAUCAUCGAGAUCGCCGAGUCUCACGAAGUUUUCAGUCUUCGAGGUACCGCUUUCUUCGUCUUAGGCUUGAUAUCUAGAUCUACGCACGGACUAGAGAUACUAUCCGAACAUGGCUGGGAGUCAUGCACCACGCCUCUGGGAAUAUCGUUGGGCCUUUGUGUUCCCACAAACCUUUCGAAAUUCUUCUCGUGCAAGCCUUGGAAGCAUGAGGUUCCGGCAACUAUUGCACUCUUAGACACCCAGAAAACGAUAUUGGAAUCACCGCCUACCGAAAUCCACGAAGAGGACGAGACCAACCAGCGGAUAUUAGAGCUUAUGACCGAGUUAGGCAAUAUGGUACUCUAUAAAAAAGCCAAAGUCGAGUUAAUGCAGCUACGACAUAAGAAAGCCCCGGGGUUCCGGCAACCUGCGCUAUUCCGCAAGGUCAUGGCGAUGAUGGAAUGCCACCACUUUAGAUUACCGGAUCGCCAUUUAGUGAUCGAAUUGUUCGACAAGAGCGUCCUAAGGCAUAUCGUAUUCGGCGAAGAUAGCAGCGACGAAUCCGCAAGCAGCUCCGGCGACGAGCAGAGGACUGAAAGGCAGAGGAGCAUCAGCGACCCGGCCGAGCUAGAAAAGAUCACAGCAAAGGCUCAAAUGGCAUCAUUAUAGUUUUAACUUGUGGGUCAAUAGAAGGCGAACGGGGAAUAUUGAACUAGCAAGAUAUAAAUUCUCUGCUUUUCUGACA